GUGACGUGUUUGUUUGACCCUCCUAACCUAUAUUAUUAACUUUCUCACCCAAGCAAAACGAACUAAAUGAAAAUGGAAAAGGAAAUAGUAAUUAUCUCAGCAGCACGAACACCAAUAGGUUCAUUUUGUGGCUCUCUGUCAGCUCUCAAGUCUCACGAUUUAGGAAGUGUCGUUAUCAAGGAAGUUUUGGACCGAGCCAACUUAAAACCUGUUGAUGUAUCAGAAGUAAUUUUUGGACAGGCCUUAACAGCAGGCGAAGGACAGAAUCCAGCUCGUCAAGCUGCUGUGAAGGCUGGUCUCCCCUACAGUGUCCCAGCUUACGGUGUCAACAUGCUUUGUGGCUCGGGGCUUAAAGCUGUUGUGGCAGGAUGUCAGUCUCUAGCUGCGGGAGAUGCCAAGGUCUGCGUUUGUGGAGGUCAAGAGUCUAUGAGUCAGACUCCACACUUCACGCACCUCCGUGUCGGAGUCAAACUCGGAAACUCCACUCUCGUAGAUCACAUGGUUUCUGACGGCCUCACUGACGCCUUUCACAACAUCCACAUGGGUGAAACCGCGGAAAACUUGGCCAAACAGUAUUCCAUCUCGAGAGAAGAGCAAGAUAAAUAUGCGAUGGAAUCUCAGAACCGAGCUGAAAAGGCGCAGAAAGAAGGUUAUUUCUCCGAGGAAAUCGUACCUGUUGUGAUCAAGAACCAUAAAGGAGACAAACAAGUAUCACAAGAUGAAUAUCCAAAACACGGAACCAACUUGGAAGCUUUGGCAAAAUUGAGGCCCGCUUUUAUUAAGGAUGGUACUGUGACAGCAGGCAAUGCGUCUGGUAUCAAUGACGGAGCAGCAGCUGUGGUGCUGAUGUUGGCCGAGGAAGCUAAGCUGAGAGGGUUGACGCCAUUGGCUAGGGUGGUAGCCUACGCUCAGGCCGGGGUGGAUCCUAAGAUCAUGGGGAUUGGUCCUGUGCCUGCUGUCAGAUCAGUGUUGGAGAAAGCAGGUUGGAACAAGGAUGAAGUAGACUUGUACGAGCUAAACGAAGCGUUUGCCGCUCAGUCUGUGGCGGUGGUGAGGGAAUUGGGACUAGACUCAGGGAAAGUUAACAUCAGCGGUGGAGCUAUUGCACUGGGACAUCCCGUUGGGGCUUCAGGUGCCCGAGUGUUGGUAACACUGCUGUAUGGUUUACGUCGCACGGGAGGCAAGCGUGGAGUGGCAGCACUGUGUGUCGGAGGGGGAAUGGGUAUUGCAAUGGCUGUGGAACGAAACUGCUGAUUGGUUCAUAGCAACAAUCAUAUCCAUUUGACAGUAUUCAAGUAGACCUACACAGCCCAUACCUAUCAAAAGUGUUGGCUGUAUCAAGUAUUUUUUACAUUAUCGGUAAGGAGAUAAUUACAACUUUAUAUACGAUAGCGUUUUACACAAGCAACAUUUUUGUUGUUUAAUUUAUUCUUGUUUUAAGUAUUGAUUUAUUUACGUAAUAUUAUUUGAGUAUUGUAAGUUUAGGCUGAAAAUGAGGCCUAAAUUUGUCACUGUUGGUGGUUCAACAUAUUGCGUUUCUUCCUUUAAACUGCAUGGUGCUAUUGCUUACACCGCCUAUUAAUUGCAGGCCUAUUCUAAAUGUCUUUAUUUGAUUUAAUAUUUACAGUACAUACAAUGUAUGAAUAUGCAUAACGCUUUUAAGCACUAAAUUGUGAUAAUGUGCAGUGUGUCUAUUGACAUAAUCUAAGUCUUUAGACCUGCAUGGAAAUGAAUCUAUUUUUGUAAAUUUGUCUAGAACACGCUACAUUUAGUAUUUAUUAAAAGACCUCUAUAAAGAUCUUGAUUUUACUAUCAUUGUGCUUAACUUUUAUAACUACUGUAGAUAAAUUAGAAACUCAUUUGUAUUAGCAUUGUUUAGAAUAGUUUCCUGUAAAACAGGAUUUUAUUAGUAGCUCUUUUUUAUAUUCUGAUUAAAUGUAGCAAUUUAGUUAAUAGCUCUUAGUUAUUUUUAGAAUCAUAUAAAAAUAUGACAAUCACUCAAAUAAAAAAUGCCAUUUAUGGUGAUCAUGAAUAUGUAUCUCACCAUUGACUAUGGAUAUUAACUUAUUAAAUGUUUGAUUUGGCCAUAUCCGUUGGUUGGUGGUAUUUCGAUCCAUCUUUGUAAGUCGGAAUCGCUCUGAUCCUUGAAGUUGAGAUUUAUGAUUCAGUUUGAUAGGAAGAUUCAUUUAAUAGAAUUUGCAAAAGUCAGAUUAUGUAAUUCUUUUGGCUUCAUUGUAAAAUGUACAAAUCAGUGGUGUCUAUUUAAUUUUGAUUUACGGUUUUAGUAUCAAUAAGUCCUCUUGAAAUUCUUUAAUUUAUUUUCGCUGUGUUAUAAUAACGAGUCGAUUAACCUCUGAUGAAAAUUAUCAACACUUAAGAUGGAAGAGGUAGGAAUACGUACGUUUUGAAAAACGUGGACUAUGAGAUAUUAGUUCAGUAGUAUUCAUUAUCAACAUAGUGAUCAUAAAUAUUUUCAUAAAUGCUCCGUACAAUGGGGGUGAAACGGCUUCAAUGCCCAUAGUCAAUGGUACAACACACUGAAUUUUUUGCCUCAAUAUUUUUAAUAGUUUUGUCUAGGAUCUGUUUGUCUGCUCUUAUGAUCUAUUACCGUUUUAGCUAUUUACCAAAUGAUUAAACACCAAAUACAGAUACAGCUUUAUCGUAUGAUGACAAUAAUAAUUUUAUUCUAGGACUGUGUAUUUAAGGUGUUGAUAUAUUAGUUAUUGUUAUAGUUGGACCUAUGUUUUUCAUAACUUGUUAACUUUUUGUUGAGAUUUUUAUCGUAAGGCAUUUUUACUUAUUAAUUAUAUUCUUUAUUAGGCUAAUAUUAUAUUUUAAUGUUAACAGUAUUUCUUAUUAUUGUUAAGAUAUUUUAUGGUUUUUAGUUGUUAAC